GCGGCUGGCCCGGUUUCUUGGCGACGCGGCCCUGCGGGCGGUUGCUCUUCCUGUCGUUUGCCUCUUUCUCUUCCUGACGCGUGAAGUAGGCCGUCAUGCCUUGGCUGCUCUCAGCCCCCAAGCUGGUUCCCGCUGUAGCAAACGCCCGCGGCCUUUCAGGAUGCUUGUGGUGUUCACAGCGAACAUACUCCCUCCAGCCUGUCCCAGACAGGAGGAUUCCAAACCGAUACCUAGGCCAGCCCAGCCCCUUUACACACCCACACCGCCUCAGACCUGGGGAGGUGACUCCAGGACUGUCUCAGGUGGAAUAUGCACUUCGCAGGCACAAACUAAUGUCUCUGAUCCACAAGGAAGCACAAGGGCAGAGUGGGACAGACCAGACAGUGGUUGUGCUCUCCAACCCUACAUACUACAUGAGCAAUGAUAUUCCCUACACGUUCCACCAAGACAAUAAUUUCCUGUACCUGUGUGGAUUCCAAGAGCCCGAUAGCAUUCUGGUCCUUCAAAGCCUCCCUGGAAAGCAGUUACCAUCGCACAAAGCCAUGCUUUUUGUGCCUCGGAGAGACCCCAGUCGAGAACUUUGGGAUGGCCCACGAUCUGGCACUGAUGGAGCAGUAGCUCUAACUGGAGUAGAUGAAGCCUAUACACUUGAAGAAUUUCAACAUUUCAUACCGAAACUGAAAGCUGAGAGUAACAUGGUUUGGUAUGACUGGAUGAGGCCCUCUCAUGCACAACUUCACUCUGACUACAUGCAGCCUCUUACUGAGGCCAAAGCCAGGAGCAAGAACAAGGUUCGGGGUGUCCAGCAGCUGGUACAGCGCCUACGGCUGAUCAAAUCUCCUGCAGAAAUUGAACGAAUGCAGAUUGCUGGGAAGCUUACAUCACAGGCUUUCAUAGAGACCAUGUUGGCCAGUAAAACCCCUGUGGAGGAAGCCUUUCUUUAUGCUAAGUUUGAAUUUGAAUGUCGGGCUCGUGGUGCAGACAUCUUAGCCUACCCACCCGUGGUUGCUGGUGGUAAUCGGUCAAACACUUUGCACUAUGUGAAGAAUAAUCAACUCAUCAAGGAUGGGGAAAUGGUGCUUCUGGAUGGAGGUUGUGAGUCUUCCUGCUAUGUGAGUGACAUCACCCGUACCUGGCCUGUCAAUGGCAGGUUCACUGCACCUCAGGCAGAACUCUAUGAAGCUGUUCUAGAGAUCCAGAGAGAUUGUCUGACCCUCUGUUCCCCUGGGACAAGCUUGGAGAACAUCUACAGUAUGAUGCUGACACUGGUGGGCCAGAAGCUUAAAGAGUUGGGUAUCAUGAAGAACAUUAAGGAAAAUAAUGCCUUCAAGGCUGCUCGAAAAUACUGCCCUCAUCAUGUUGGCCAUUACCUUGGGAUGGAUGUCCAUGACACUCCAGACAUGCCCCGUUCCAUCCCUCUACAGCCUGGGAUGGUAAUCACAAUUGAGCCAGGCAUUUAUAUUCCAGAGGAUGACAGAGAUGCCCCAGAGAAGUUUCGAGGUCUUGGUGUACGAAUUGAGGAUGAUGUAGUGGUGACUCAGGACUUACCUCUCGUCCUUUCUGCUGAUUGUCCCAAAGAGAUGAAUGACAUCGAACAUAUAUGCAGUAGGGCCUCUUGAUUUUCAUUGCAGCCCACAUGCAUCUCAGGUUCAAGAGGGGUGUACCCUGGCAUCCCUGCACAUGUGUUUUCUGAGUCUCUGUGUAUGCAUUUAUACGUGUUCCAU